AAUUUAAAGAGGAGUUAGCUGCCUUACACUUUUUUGGUUAUAAUUAGUUGGAGAAUAUGUGAGGUACCACCUAAGAGUCUUGGUGUGCUCAAGAAUCACAACGUAAUAAUGAAAUCUUGGAAUACAUAGGUUACUCUAUGAGGACUGACACAACUCUCAGUUCCAAAGUCUGGACUGAUUAUCCAGCAAAAGAUUCGGACCAGGAUGUAGCACUCAAACUUGCCCAAGAACGAGCUGAAAUUGUUGCUAAAUAUGACAGAGGACGAGAAGGUGCAGAGAUUGAACCUUGGGAAGAUGCUGAUUAUCUUGUUUACAAAGUCACGGAUAGAUUUGGCUUUUUGCAUGAGGAGGAGCUCCCAUAUCAUAAUGCAGCUAUGGAACGGCAAAAGCACCUGGAAAUUGAAAGAACUACCAAAUGGCUGAAAAUGCUAAAAGGAUGGGAAAAAUACAAGAACACUGAAAAGUUUCACAGAAGAAUUUACAAAGGAAUCCCCCUCCAGCUCCGGGGUGAAGUCUGGGCUCUCCUUCUUGAGAUCCCUAAAAUGAAAGAAGAAACACGAGACCUUUAUAAUAAAUUAAAACACAGAGCACGGGGCUGUUCACCUGAUAUCAGACAGAUAGACCUUGAUGUCAACCGUACAUUUAGGGAUCAUAUUAUGUUUAGAGACAGAUACGGCGUUAAGCAACAGUCUUUAUUCCAUGUUCUUGCGGCAUAUUCUAUAUAUAAUACGGAAGUUGGGUACUGUCAGGGAAUGAGCCAAAUCACAGCUCUGCUUCUCAUGUACAUGAACGAGGAAGAUGCUUUCUGGGCCCUCGUCAAACUCUUCUCAGGCCCCAAGCAUGCCAUGCAUGGCUUUUUUGUCCAAGGUUUUCCUAAACUCUUGCGGUUUCAAGAACAUCAUGAAAAAAUACUGAAUAAAUUUCUGUCUAAACUUAAACAACACUUGGAUUCACAAGAAAUCUAUACAAGUUUUUAUACAAUGAAGUGGUUUUUUCAGUGUUUCCUUGAUCGUACUCCCUUUACGCUAAACCUCAGAAUAUGGGAUAUCUACAUCUUUGAAGGAGAACGAGUUCUUACUGCUAUGUCUUACACAAUUUUAAAAUUACACAAAAAACAUCUAAUGAAAUUGUCUAUGGAAGAACUCGUAGAAUUUCUUCAGGAGACUUUAGCGAAAGACUUUUUCUUUGAAGAUGAUUUUGUAAUAGAGCAACUUCAGAUUUCUAUGGCAGAACUAAAGCGGGCAAAGUUAGACCUCCCAGAACCUGGUAAGGAGGAUGAAUAUCCAAAGAAGCCGUUGGGGCAGCUUCCACCUGAGUGUCUUUCUGGCGGUAUUAAUCACAUGAGCAACGGGCAGAGAAGUGUUGGCAGGCCCAGUCCCCGUAUGAACAGCAGGACAGGAAGUGGCUCCUCACCUCACAGAAAGCACGAGCACUCCCCCCACCGUCCGAAUAAAACUGGUACUCCAGAACGAGUGAGGCAGCUCAGGCGGAAAUCGGUGGAUGAAGACAGUAAAAAUCUUAAAGACGAGGAGAAUUUUCAAAGAAAACUUUCAUCAGGUCCACAAGACAAUUCCAGGCACUAUAACCAUGCAGCUGCUAACCAAAAUAGCAAUGCUACUUCAAAUAUCAGGAAGGAAUUCAUGCCCAAAUGGAAUAAACCAUCAGAUAGUUCGGCUGUUGAAAGAACUGCCAAAUACGUCACUGAAGGCAAAAGCAGAUUGGUGCACCCCGCACUUACAGCCGCCUCUCCAAGUUCUGCCGAUGCUCGGAUAGCAAACGCAAGGCAGAAGAUGAAGGUUUGGGAUGGUGAUGCCGGGAAGCGGGGCUCUAAUGCCUCUCAAUAUGAUAACGUUCCUGGGAGUGAGAAUGAAAACGGAGCUUCUGUUGAAGAGGCACUGGAGAGGGCUUACUCUCAAAGUCCAAGGAACGCCAUUUACCCCAGCAGCCCAAGAAAGCACGCUGAGCCAGGGCCUAGUCCACCAAAAGUACCCAACAAGUUUACUUUUAAAGUACAGCCUCUGAGCUAUGGAAAAUAUCCAUCUCAGUUAGAAGGGGAAGAUCGAGGGACCAUGCAUCCUCCGUCGUACAGCAAUCCUCCCGUUUACCAUGGAAGUUCUCCGAAACAUAUCCCCUCUGCUAACAGCUUUGUGUCUCCACAGAUUAGUCCUGGAACUCAAAUGAAUCCUUCCAGGAGACCUUACGGCUCUACCCUUUCAGUUGAUACUUCUCCAGAGAAAUCUUACAGUCGCCCGGCCCCUCUUGUACUACCAUCUAGUCGAAUAGAAGUCCUUCCUGUUGAUAUUGGUGCUGGGGGAUACUCGGGCAAUUCAGGGUCGCCAAAGGAUGGUAAAUUUAUCAUUCCUCCAGUAGAUUAUCUUCCGGAUAACAGGAAAUGGGCAGAAGUUGGUUAUACAUACAGAUCGGAGGUGCACGGACAAUCAUGGACUCGAGAUCCUAACCGUAGCCACUUAAGCAAUUUACCAAAAUAUCCAGCCUUUCAACGCGUACCCUUUCAGGACCAUAACCUCCCAGCAGUUUCAGUCGAUAGCCCAGUGCGAUGUAAAACUUCACCAGCUAUAGAAGAUGCCAGUCCAGCUGGGUAUCAGUAUGCGGGGCCCUCGCCUCCAGCUUAUCAUUAUAGAAAUCGCGAGGGGCUUUCUGUUCAAGAGCCAGUAUUGCUGUGAGAGUUUAUCCUUAUGAGAAACGAGAAUAGAAACUGUAUGAAACCUGCAUUGCUAUGUUUUAAUUGCCAAAGCAGUAUUUUAUAUUAUUGUAAACAACUCACACAGUUCUAAUGUAUAUUAGUAAUAAGAAUAUUUAGAAAUGUUUUCAUCCCCACGCAGAUGCUGCUUAAGAUGAGCAUUUUAAAUUGCAUCAUCACUGAACCUCUUAAAAAUUUAACCUGGAAACAGCAAUAGCAUUUAGGGAUGCACUCAGUGAUGAUUCUUUACUCAGUUUCAUUUAUAUCUUUCUCAAAACCUGGACAUUUUCAUGCUGUUGGCCCAUUCUAUUUUGACUAGUGUUAUAAAGUGCUGAAAAACUGUUGAACAGGUAUUUUUAAGGCUCUAUGUGGUGUAUGUGUCUUUUAAUAGAUAUUGUAGUCAUCCGUGCAUACACAUUUGAGCACAAAAUUGAAGAAAUGUUUUUUAAAACUAUAUUCAGUCUUUCCAUGAAAUAAUGUUAUACUUCUUUUCCUUAUCUUUUAGUCCAGUGUUUCCCCUUCGUGUUUUUAACCUAAUUCCUAACCUCAUUAAAAAUUUGCCCGACUUUAUUAAUACAUCUCACCAGAAGCUCAUCAUUCUCUUUCAGCUGCUGGCAUUUUCCUUCUGUCUAAAAAUUAAAGACAUUGGAGAAAAAAGUUGACCAUGCAAUGGUGCUUAAACACUGGGGCCAAAGGAGUGGCACUUACUGUAUCUGUACCACAGGUCAGUCUUAGUGCUUCCGCGCUGUUUGCUGUGGUCCGACUUCCACAGCUCCAAGCGGACUGCUCCGUGGUGGGAGUCAGGGAAGCGCUGCGGCAGCACAGCUCUCUAGGGUCUGCAGGAGAAGCCACACUGACUGUGCAGCUCGCAGGAGAAGUUCGUGUCCGAGCAGGGCUGGUGGUGUGGUCCCUUUUCACUCUGACCCUCCAUUCUUUCAGGGUCUCCCUCCAUGGCCCGGCGUAGUUGUUACAUGAUCUGUUUCUGACAUUCUUUCUUUAAAAAUGUAGUUAACAUGACGUUGCUGCUGGUACCAGGCCUUCACAUUAGCUUUUACAUUAUUUAUCCAUGUUAAAAUUGUAUAAAAAAAUUUAUCCUGAUUGUUAUUAGGAGUCUAGAAUUUUAAUCCUUUUUAAAAAUACAGUGUGACUUUUAUACUUUCAAAAGUCUUUUUUCAGUGAAAAAAAUUCAGGUUCGUGGUAAAAGCAGUGAUGUCUUUAAAAAUAUUCUGUUACACUACAAUUACCAAACACUGACAAAAUGUUGGGCACUGCACAAAAGUAAAAUAUUGUAUUUAAGUGGAGUGCUUGUUUUCAACAUCACUUUGCUCAUAUUUGCAUAACAGAAAAUAGAUGAUCUGGGCCAGGGAUUCAGCUCAUUGGUGCCGCUGCCUGCCUCACAAGCACAAGGUCCUGAG